UCGAUCAGAAUGGCUUCAAUACGCCAUGCGGUAGUUAGUCUUAGCAUAGGAACCUGGAGCAAAAACUCUCAGAAAUUUCUCUUUCCUCCGCGUACUCUGUUAAUGUCAGCAAUGGCUGCAGAUAGAAGAUUUUCCUAUAAUGGUUUAAAAAAUUUCAAUGGUUAUGGAACUAAAACACCUUUUUUAAUUGGCGUUGCCGGUGGGACAGCAUCUGGCAAAUCGACAGUUUGUUCAAGAAUCAUUGAAAUGCUUGGACAAGAUGAAAUAGACCAUAGACAACGUCAAGUUGUCUGCAUCAGCCAGGACAGUUUCUAUAGAGAAUUAAAUCCUGCAGAAAGCAUUAAAGCAUCCAAGGGGCUUUUUAAUUUUGAUCAUCCAGAUGCUUUCGAUAAUCAAUUGAUUUUGAAGACACUUCAAGAUAUUUUGGAUGGAAGAGUUUGCAAAAUUCCUGUUUAUGAUUUCAAGACCAACUCAAGAAAAUUGGAUGAAUUUGUCACGAUUUACCCUGCUGAUGUACUACUGUUUGAAGGGAUAUUGGUUUUUUAUUUUCCUGAGAUAAGAGAAGUUUUCCAUAUGAAACUGUUCGUUGAUACUGAUGCUGAUACGCGUCUAUCCAGAAGAGUUCUUCGCGAUAUACGGGAACGUGGAAGGGACCUUGAACAAGUAUUGGCUCAAUACACCACACUAGUUAAACCCGCUUUCGAGGAAUUCUGUUUACCGACCAAAAAAUUUGCUGAUGUCAUUAUUCCACGUGGGGCAGACAACACAGUGGCCAUUGGAUUAAUUGUGCAACAUAUAAAGGAAUUAUUAAACUAUCGCAAUGGCAACGUACUGCAGCAACAGAGGGACCGUCAGAUCGCGCUGCAGCAACAGCAGGCACACUUGGAUGAAAAUGGUAAAAGAAAUCGACACAACUCAGAUUCUUUUUUUACGCGACCUCAUUAGCUGAUUUCGUAAGUCAAAAAAUGAUAUGGCUUCCUUCCCUCCCUGUUUCAUACGAACCCCGUGGGCUAUUUCAACUUUUGUGGUGGGAUGUACACAAAUGUAUUAGUCGUGUUUUUAGCGAGCAUCCCAGCUAGUCGGGUCUGAUGGAUCUCUUCCUUCUUUGCCGGAGGCCAUAAUCACGUGUCGCUUAGACGGCCAUCAUGCAGUGUAUUAAUUGGUCGUCAUCCACAAAAUGACGUAAUGUAAUUUGGGGAGGGAAUAGAUACUGUAGCAGUCGUGAUUGAGUUUCUAUUAGCUGACUCGUUCUGCAAAAUUUCAUAUAGAAUUUCACAUCUGUUUUCUUCCGAAUAAUAUCGGCACCGAAUCUUACCGUCUACUCUAUGAAAAUGUUAGGCUACCCGUGUUUCACCCAGAAACUGUUCAAAUGCUCCCUUAUUUGAAUAAUAA